AUGUCAUUCAGUAUUAGCUCAGACUUUUCAGAGAGGAAAAAACAAGGCAAACCUGUAUCUGAUUUUGACAAAGCCUUUGAAGAACACUGGGAAAUUUUCCCUCAGCUCCCUUUUCAAGAUGAGCCAGGGAGCCAAUACAAUAUCAGAGAGAUGCUUUUUAAUAAUCAGAUUCCACAAUUCAGGCAACCACUUGAGAAAGUGGGAAAAUUUAUGCCAUUUUCAACUCCUGGACUAGAGAAAAAAGCUCCAGUCAAUAGCUCAAAGUUGACCUAUCAAGGCAAUGGGCUGCAACUCUUGAAGGAUGAACUGAGACCCUUACCUCGUGUUUUAUCAAUAACCUUUGGACAAGCCAUAACCCUGAAGACUAGAAAAAGAAACCUGCUAAUGUGCAAUUAUUAUCGAAAAAUAUUCUGUCUUGUAGACUGUUCCUUUCCUGAUGUCUUGGCUAGAGAGAGCAGGAAGAAGGAGGACCUGACACUCCCCUGCCCUCUGCUACCCUCAGAGGAGGAAGAUUCCAGCUGCUCAGAGGCCACAGUGGUAGAGUCACUGCCACUAUCCUCCAGUGAGCAAUCUCCCCCGCCAAAGCACCUUGCCCCUUCCCCCAGCAACCCGGAGCUCACAGAAGAGGAGUAGGCUGAAGACCAAGAUGACAGCUCCUCUGUGGCUCUCCUGUCCCCUCACAAAAGGGCCCCCCUUCAGAAUUGGAGGCUUCAGCAAACCGACACCCAGGAGGGGCAGCUCUGGCCCCGGCCCCCACUCAAUUACUUCCACCUAAUUGCCCUGGCAUUAAGAAACAGUCCCCGCUGUGGCCUCAACGUGCAACAGAUCUACAAUUUUGCUCGACAGCAUUUCCCCUUUUUCCAGACGGCUCCAGAAGGCUGGAAGAACACUGUCCGCCGUAACCUCUGUUUUCGGGACAGCUUUGAGAAGGUACCAGUCAGCAUGCAGGGUGAGGCCAGUACACGGCCUCGGUCUUGCCUCUGGAAGCUGACUGAGGAGGGCCACCGCCGCUUUGAGGAGGAGGCCCACGCCUUUGAUGCCACGCGGCUAAAGCGUAUCCAACAAUGCAUGAGCCAGCCAGCCCAGCAGAACAGGGGAAUGGUGGCCCUACAAUGUGAGAAGCAUCGUAACAAGUUAUAUGCCAAGGGGACUUUCUCUUUCCUGGGAGCAAUCCAAAGAGGCUUCAGAGAAGAGGUGGCAUGUGAGGACGUUAAGAUUUACAACAAACAUUUUCUGGGAACAAAAUUCAGUCCAUAA